GAAGUUAAGCUGACAUUUUCAAAACUUUAAAUUUUUAAAUUUUAUUAAAAUUUUUCAGUUUAACAUGAGUUUCUUAAGUCGUUUUGUUUGCGCUGUGCCGCGCCAAGCUAUUUUCAGAACUUUUUCUACUUUAACUGGUUCUUCCGGUUGCAAGUACCUACCAGAAUCCACUUUUAACACUAUUCAGAAGGUUUCGUUUUGUAAGAAAAGCGCCAAGGGUAAAGAUGGGGAUCUGAAGAAGAAGUGUGCAGAAGCUGCCAAAAAAGAGAAGGAAGCAGCUGAAAAGAAGAAGUGUGCAGAGGCCGCCAAAAAGGAGAAGGAAGCUGCUGAAAAGAAAAAGUGUGCAGAAGCUGCUAAGAAAGAGAAGGAAGCCGCUGAGAAGAAGAAAUGUGCAGAAGCUGCCAAAAAAGAGAAGGAGGCUGCUGAGAAGAAGAAAUGUGCAGAAGCUGCAAAAAAAGAGAAGGAGGCUGCUGAGAAGAAGAAAUGUGCAGAAGCUGCCAAAAAAGAGAAGGAAGCUGCUGAGAAGAAAAAAUGUGCAGAAGCUGCUCAAAAGAAAAAGUGUGCUGAAUUAGCUAAAAAAGAGCAGGAAGCUGCUGAAAAGAAAAAGUGUGCAGAAGCUGCUAAAAAGGAGAAGGAAGCUGCUGAAAAGAAAAAGUGUGAAGAGAGGGCUAAGAAAGAGAAGGAAGCCGCUGAAAAGAAAAAGUGUGAAGAGAGGGCUAAGAAAGAGAAGGAAGCCGCUGAAAAGAAAAAGUGUGAAGAGAGGGCUAAGAAAGAGAAGGAAGCCGCUGAGAAAAAAAAGUGUGCAGAAGCUGCUAAGAAAGAGAAGGAAGCCGCUGAGAAGAAAAAAUGUGCAGAAGCUGCUCAAAAGAAAAAGUGUGCUGAAUUAGCUAAAAAAGCAAAAGAAGCUGCUGAAAAGAAAAAGUGCGCAAAGAAAGCAGGUGAAAAAGGAAGUAAACAGAGUGGUAGUGAUAAGGGUAAAAAGAAUGGAAAGAAAAAUGAUAUGAAGAAUAAGUGUGCAAUGUUAGCUAAAAAAGCAAAGGAAGAAGCUCUUAAGAAAAAAUGUGCGGCUGCACAGAAAAAGUGUGAGCCAAAGAAGUAAGUCUGUCAAAGACUACUAAGCAACAUGAAAGAAAGACUUCAUUUCAACCAUAAGGGCUCAAAGACUCUGCCAAGGCCGCUAUCACCAAUGCGGCUAAAUAAAACAAAGAUGAGGCUCCUGAGGUACAAGGGACUGAAGUGUUGAAGUAGAUUAUGUAGGUUUUGCGUUUUCCAGAAGCUUUAGAUGGUCGAACUGCUCGAAGAUGGUAAAUUUGGAUAAGAUAUAAAUUUAAACGUUAUAAAC